AUGGAAGCCAGUGAUGUAGUUGUAAGAAUCAUCUUGUUAUCACAGACUGUCAUUGGAGUUCUGGGAAAUUCCUUUCUCCUCUACAUUAAUAUGAGGUUAUACUUCACAGGAUACAGUUUGAAGUGCAAAGACUUGAUUCUGAAGCACUUGAAUAUAGCCAACUUCUUAACUCUUCUAUGUAGAGGAGUGCCCCAGACAAUGGCAGCUUUUGGGCUACAAGAUUUUCUUGGAGACUGGGGAUGCAAACUAAUUUUUUAUCUCCACAGAGUGGGCAGAGGUAUGUCAAUCAGCAGCACCUGUCUCCUGAGUGCCUUCCAGGCCAUGACCAUCAGCCCCAGGGACUCGGUGUGGGCACAGCUUAAAACCAAAACACGAAAAGAGAGUGACUCCUUCAUAUGCCUCAUCUGGGUCUUGUACUUCCUUGGAAAUAUAGGUCUUCUAAAGAACGUAAGUGGAAAACAAGCCAACAAAAAUAUGACCAGCCGAAAAGAUUAUGGAUACUGUUCUUCUGUUCGCCUUGACAAAACUGUGCAAAUACUGAUUGCAGCAUUCCUGUCAUUCCCUGACGUGGUGUGCAUGGGCAUCAUGCUGUGGGCCAGCAGCUCCAUCGUCCUCCUCCUGUAUAGACAUAAGCAGAGAAUGCAGCACGUGCUCAGGACAACUGUCUCCCCCAGAUUCUCCCCUGAAUCCAGAGCUACUAAAACCGUCCUUCUCCUGGUGAGCACGUUUGUCUUUUUUUACAUGCUUUCUUGUGUCUUCCAAGUUUGGUUCACUCUCGUUUACAAUCCCAGUUUAUUACUGCAAAAUAUGGCUGUAGUAAUUGCUGGUUGUUUCCCAAGUGUCAGCCCCUUUCUGCUCCUGAGCCAGGACUCCAGUUCAUGUAAACUCUGUUUUAUGUGGGUAAAAACUAGAAAGUCUCCCUAG